AGGACUUCUCCACGACUGCUUUGUGUAGCAACACAACAGAAAAAUACUGGCCAGAACUUGGAAGAGGACCAGAGUCAGAGCCAAAAUGAGCAGAAGGUUGAACCCAGCUCUGCUGAAAAAAUGUUAACUGAAGAAAAGGCCAAACUGGAAGAACAACUAAAAGAAGUUACUGACAAGUACAAGCGUGCCUUGGCAGAUGCAGAAAACGUGAGGCAAAGAAGCCAGAAACUGGUAGAAGAGGCAAAGUUAUACGGGAUUCAGAGCUUCUGUAAGGACUUGCUAGAAGUUGCAGACGUUUUGGAGAAAGCAACAGAAAGUGUUCCAAAAGAAGAAAUUAAGGAUGAAAAUCCUCACUUGAAGAGCUUAUAUGAAGGUCUUGUUAUGACAGAAGUACAGAUUCAAAAAGUGUUCAAAAAACAUGGCCUGCUCAGACUGAAUCCUGUCGGAGCCAAGUUCGAUCCCUAUGAACACGAAGCAUUGUUCCAUGCUCCCAUGGAAGGGAAGGAGCCUGGCACUAUUGCAUUAGUAUCCAAGAUUGGCUAUAAGCUGCAUGGGCGUACACUGCGGCCUGCCUUGGUGGGUGUUGUGAAAGACGCUUAGCUGCUUAAUCUGAGAAUUUAAAAUGCCAUACAACUAUUAAACAGCUGGAUGGUUUUUCUGUUACACCAUGCUUUCCUCAUUCCUCUGCCCCCUGAGAGGUUUAAAUGAAUUGGCUGAGGUCUCCCAGUGAAAACGAAGCAACUGAUGAAAUUCUCCUGCUUAGUGGCCUUCAACAUCACUGUUCUGUAAGCUCUCUUCUUAAGUGUGAAAUACAAGAGCCAUUAAGCCUUCUAAUGCUUUAGAUUAGAUAACAUUUUUUACAACUGUUGCUACUGAAGGUGCAUUAAAUUGAAAGGAACGAAAUGCUCACAAGAAUUUUGCAAUCUCACGUUUAUCACUCUGUGUAGAUUGAAAAUCCAAAUAGUGGUUCAAACACUUCCUUUUGUUUUGUAGAAUCUAACCUUGCAGAAGUGGGUGAAGUAGUACAAAUAACCCGUUUCCUGCAAGCGUCCAUCAGCCUUUACACACUGAUGUGGUAAAUACCCUUUUUCGUCUAUUCCGAAAUAAUCUCUCUCAACAACUGAAAUUGAAACUUCUGUGAAUUCUGACCUGUAAAUAAAAGGCAAUGGAGAGUAGACAUCUCUCUUAAUUGUUCAACCCUUUUUGUUCUGUAGUAACGUUGACUCGAGAAAACCAUCUAAUACUUGUAUGGCAUUGAAGAACCAACAGAAUUUAUCCUAUCUCUGGAUUUUUAAUUUAAUAUUGUAUAAAUUGGUUUAAACAAUUUUGAUAGUCUUGUAACUUCCAAGCUUUACAAUCAGUUUGUUAUGCAAACUGUAGUUACAACCCUGCUGAAAGCCAGAAUACCCACAGAAGCGAGUAGCUGAGAGUUUGGUAUAUACUGUCUUUUAGAAUUACAUAAAUAAUUGCAUGUAAGUAAGUGGCUCAAACAAAAAUGUGAACUUAGUUUCAUCUUCAUUUCUUGCAUUUACUCAGCUUGGAUCUUAAGUUGCAACAGAACUUUUCCCAUAUGCAGCUCUUGCCGUGUCCAACACCACCUGCUGCUCCCGAUCCUGCAGAAUCGGGCUAAAUACAACACAUGGUUAACUG